AAGAGCCGAGUCCCUGACCCAAGUUAGUGAGCCGUGAGCCCGCACGUGUUGCUGCAAGUGUUGCUUUUUUUGGGUUUCGCCAUGGGAAGUGACAAGUGCGACUGGCGGAAGUUUGAAGAAGCGACGGGGAAGCUUUUGGAGAUGAUCUAUGGCAAAGGCAAUGUCACCAAACCAGCUUUCAGGGCCACAGAACGCAAGGACAACGACUUCUGCCAGGAGGGGCAUGCGCACCAACCACCAGGCUCCCAGAAAUCCAAGACAAGCAAUCCAGAUUUCAUUGUGUCUCUGCCCGAUGGCCGCAAAGGGGUUGUCGAUGCCAAGUACUAUACGAGCUCUCUAUUGACUGUGGAGUCAAUUGACAAGCUGCUGUCCGAUAAGAAGUCGCAUGAAGCCGACUUUUGCAUUUUGGUGGUGUAUAAGAAGGAAGGCUUCAAUCCCAUUCCUGAAAGCAUUGCAAGAACCAUCAAGGAACAUGGAAUCCAGCGUUGGUUCUUCGACGGAAACCCGGCCCUUUGGAACACGAUGCAGAAGGAGUCGGUUUUGAACACAAGGCAAAAGGAGUCCGUCAAGAAGGCCUUAAGCCUCCUUGACGCCGGCGACACCUCAGGCAGCUUGCGAUUGAUAAACAGUGUGAUGCGGCAAGUGCCCACGGCCGAAAUGCCAGUUCUUGAUGGUUCCACAGCCCUUGGAAUUCUUAGAGCCCAGCAUCUUUGGGAUGUCUUGGGACUCGGCCGAAGCAAGACUUUGAUGGGAUUGGCUACCGGAAAACUGCGUGGCAUUGGCACUUCAGGGCUUGCUGCUACAUCCAAGGCUUCCGCUUCUGGAAUUGCUGCUACAUCCAAGGCUUCCGCUUCAGCAUUUGCCGGCCUUGGUGCGCCCAUCGUGGCUUUGAGCUUCCUGUCUUGCGCGCUGGCUGCUGGUGCCAUCGGACUGGCCAUUCACCAGGUCAAGGCAGCAGAAGAGAGAUUGAACUAUGCAAAGAGUGUCAUGGAGUUCCUGAAAGAGUCAAGCAGGCAUGUGGAUCACUUCAAGGAUGAGAUCAAACGGCUUGAAGAAGAUCGUGAUAACUGUGCAAAGUUGCUGGCAGAUGUCAAGCAGAUGGAGGAAGACAAUGAAGAAGCUCAGCUCAAUGCGCAUCUUUGGCUGAUGUUGCUCCUGCAUGAGAAGAUUCCAAGCCUCCUGGGAAAGGUCAAGGAUCUUUCCGCGCAAAUGUUGGAGAAGGCAAACCACCUGCAGCACCAGAAAGACGCAUCGACCAGCAGGGAAGAGUCGGCACAAACGAGUGAGAGAGAGAAUGGAGUUGCUUGCGGUCUCUCUGCUGGUGGUGCUGCACUGGGCCUUGUUGCCACAGGCCUAUCUGCCAUUCCUCCCUUUACACCGUUGCUUGCUGUUACGAUUCCUGCCACUGCAGGCCUGGCCAUUACUGCAGGCUUGACUGGACAUGCAUCAGCCCAGGCUGGCGAUACCAAGGUCUGGGAGAACCGCAAUGGUGGGGAGAUCCAAAGUCAAAUCAACGAGCUGGAGAGAAUCCAGGUGAAGUGUCAGGAGCUGCUGCAGGAUGGUCAGAACUUGUCAGAUCAAGUUGCGGAACUGAUGGGCCAAAUGAAAGAGAGGCAGAGUAAGCUGCACCCUGGAAGUCAAAGACCUGUUCACCCUGGAAGUCAAAGACCUGUUCACCCUGGAAGUCAAAGACCUUUUUUAAAGUGGUUGAUCUGGUUUUGUAGUGUAAAACCCUUAGAGAAACAAUGGUUGUUCGGUAAAGGCUAUUAGAACAAUGGUGGCUCGACUUCUAGGGUGUAGGCAGGACCGGAGGACCGGAGGACUCCGGCCAAUGUGGGCUCAGUGAGCCAUGGACGAAGAGAGAGAA